UGACAUUUUGAAAUAGUAGAAAACGUAGAAAAGUGUGCCGAUUUAAUUUGCAAAAUUUUUAUAUAUUUUUUUUUAUAACAUUAAUAUUGUAUCUCCAAAAGUAAAUAUUUCUUACCUUCGAUUAAUGUUGAUUUAUUUAUGUGCAUUGCUUUGAAGAUGAGCGACGCCGAAGACACCAAAGAGGAGAAACCGAUGGCGACGGAGAUGUUCCCGUUGAACAUCAAAAUUAAACAGGAAAAAACAACUAGCUACGAAGACUCGAACAGAUCGGAAACGGUGGAUAAAUUGUCGAUUGAUUUGAAUUUGUCGAAUUUCUUCUCAUCUCGAACGACAACUACAAGCGGUUCUGUUCCUGAAGAUGAAACAGCGAAGGAAACAAAAUCGGUGGAGCCGCUCAAGUCAUCCAAUGAAAUACUAACCGAACUGUUCAAGGUAUUUAAUGCAGCUCCACCGGAAAUUAUCGAUGAUGAUUCAAAUGAUGGCGAGGAAGAGAAGAAGAAAAAGCGGAAGCACAAGAAAAAAUCCAAAAAGAAGAAAAAGGAUGGCGGAAACGUUUCUUCGUCUGUAUCCGAAGCAGAGGAAGGAGAAAUCACGAAAAAGAUGAAGAAAAUUAAAAAGGAGAAAGAUAAAGAGAAGAAAAAGCACAAGGAAAAGGUUAAAGUGAAAAAGGAAAAGGAUCAGAAUAAAAAGAAAGAAAGCCACGAGAAGAUAGAUGAAGUUAUGGCCAAAUCGGAAAUGUCCUCGGUGGUAGUAAAGAAAGAAAAAGAUGAUUGGUAUUCGCGGGAAUUAAAAGAUUAUCGAGAUGCGAGGGAGCAUAAUCAUCAUCAUCAUCACCAUCACCAACAGAGCUCGCGUGAAGAGCAUCAUCAGCCGCGUAUAAAAUUAGAAAGAGAAGAUCAUUCUUAUCGGGAAUAUGAUAAGGUCCGGGCACGAGAACGCGACAGUGAGAAAGAGAGAGAAAGAGAUAAUCCGAAAUCUAGGAAUAAAAUUCAAAUCAAAAGUCUGAAAGACAGCGUUAUUUUCAAAGAAGCUGCUACGAGGGAUAGAGACCGGGAGAAGGAGAAAGAGCGGGACAGAGACAAAGAUCGCCGCAAAGAUCAUUUGGGUUCGAAAGAGUUAAAACGACGGAGAUCCGACUCAGAUUUUUCCAUGUCCGAUGAGGAGCCUUACCGGCAAGGCCGGUAUUACGACUUUUACUCGAAGAAAUACAACUCGUUCUAUGCUAGUUACAAGGAAGACGAAUACAAUCGAAAUCGCAAGCGUAGGCGAAGUGAGGAGAGGGAAAGAUAUCGGAAAACUAAGUCAAGAUCCCGUUCCCCCCAAUUUGACAAGCAGAAAUUGCUUGAAAUUGCUCGAAAGAAUGCAAUUUCCAUGUUGAAGAAGGGAACUCUUCCAGGGGUACAAGGUUUAGAUAAAGAGUCGAAGGAAAUGUUGAUCAUGAAAAUGAAGAGUAGUGGAAAAUCGGUGGAAGAACUGACUGAAUACUGUAAGAAGAUAUCAGAGAAGGAUAAUUUGAACGAAUUAUCGAGUCUUUCAGAAGACAGCGAUCACGAUGCGGACGGAGGUUCAAAGGCUUUUCAUCAUCCGUUCCAAAUUAAGGAUCCGGGUACGAUUGUAAUGAAUAUAAAGAAUGCAGUUCCUCUGGCGCCAAAAUCUGCUGAGCAAACUAAAGCUCUUCUGAUGCAGUUUCCCGUUUCUUCUGGUGCACAGCACAGAAAAAUGGAAAAUGAGUGGGUUCCUGUUGAAACUCCGAAACCACCAACACAAGUAGCUAUAGUUCGCCCAGAGAAGUCGCACACAAAGAUUCUCCCCGUAUCGGCAAGUUUCGUUCAAUCGGUCGAGCAACAACAACCUGCUUACACUCCAGUCAAUCCUCCUCUUCCUGGACCACAGGUACUUCCACCGAUAGUACCCCCACAACCUGACUUACCAGUCACCGCUCCAUUACCUGUGCCACCUCCGAUGGAUUUCUCAUGCCUUCCCGGUUCUGCUGCCCUACCGGCUAUGCACGAGCCUCCACCGAUGGAAGUUUACCCUAUAAACGCCGAAGCCAAUAAACUAGACGUAUCGUCAAUCAUUUCCCAGCGACUCAAUGCAAUGCGCAAACUGCAAGACAAUCCGGCUGAUGCAGAGGCAAUAAAGCUGUUGUACAACACACAGAAAGACAUGUCAGCAUGGGCUUCAUCUAAAUUUACACCAGGCCAGUUUAUGGGAUCAACUGGCGUUCAGUGUCUUAGUCAAAAGGAACUGGCUGAAGGUUUCCAACCGUGGGCCACUCGAGAUUCUCUGAAGCACACAGCUCCAGUUUCCGGCGGUAUGGGCAUGCAUUUGCUGCAGAAGAUGGGUUGGGUACCAGGCGAAGGUCUGGGUAAGGAGAAAAAUGGUUCCCUGGAGCCUCUACUACUAGACGUUAAACUGGAUAAGCGUGGUCUGGUGGCCAGCGCAGAGGAUCACCAGAGGCAAGUACAGAUUCAAAUCGCGCAGCAACACAGUGGUCGACGGGCAAGGUUUGCAAGUGUGAAGAUCAACACCGAUGGCAAACAUCCGGUUUCGAUACUGGGUGAGUAUUGCAGUAAGCGCAAGUGGUUGCCACCAAGGUACGAUCUAGUGCACGAAAGUGGUCCCGGUCAUGCGAAAAACUUUGUAUUCAAAGUGAUCGUGAACGGGUUGGAAUAUCAACCGGCAAUAGCUAACAAUACGAAGAAGGAAGCGAAGGCAACUGCGGCAAAGUUCUGUCUGCAACAGCUGGGGAUUUUGCAGUCUUAGAACGAGUGUGGCGUUUGUCCUGCGUUACCUACAAGAAAGGUAAGAGAAAAUUUCAUAAUUAUAUGCAUUAUGUGUCAUUUCUGUUUUGAACAACCUAUCCAAACGUGAAUACACUAUC